AUGGAAGCGCUGGGUCCUGGGGGCGACCGUGCCUCCCCGGCCCCAUCCACUCGAAGCCUAGAUGUCCGGCGGCUGUCCACGCACGCCGACUCAGCCUAUAGCUCCUUCUCCGCGGCCUCUGGUGGCCCUGAGCCCCGCACGCCGUCGCCGGGCCACGAUCUGGUUCCUUACCUGGACUGGGACUACGUGCGUGUGGUGUGGGGCGGCCCGACGCCCGCGCCGUCGGAAGCAGUGCCGCGCGCCACCCGGCCCCUGCCCGCAGUCGCCGCACACAGUGGGCCGCGACCCCGAGAGGUUCAGGGGACCCCGGGGCGACUCAGCAGACAGGCCACCCCGCUGCUGUACGCGCUGGCCGCGGAGGCUGAGGCUGGGGUGCGGACUGCAGAGCCGCCCAGCCCACCAGCCUCACGGGCCGCCUACCGCCAGCGCGUGCAGGGCGCGCAGCGGCGAGUGCUCCGGGAGACGUCCUUCCAGCGCAAGGAACUCCGCAUGAGCCUGCCCGCCCGCCUGCGGCCCGCAGUCCCCGCACGGCCUCCCACGGCGCACCCGCGCUCCGCCUCGCUCAGCCACCCCGGCGGGGACGUGGGGCCCGCGCGAUCCCCGGCUCCCGCGCCAGGAACUGCCGGCCGGGGGCACCUCGCCAACCAGCAGAGGAAGUGGUGCUUCUCGGAGCCAGGAAAGCUGGAUCGCGUUGGUUGGGGCGGUGGGUCCGUGGGGGAGGGCUUGAGUGGGGUCUGCGCCAGCGCACGUCCCGCCAGGCCUGAACCCCCGGAGUUGUUGCAUGGUGGGGUGCGGACUGAGUUCAGAGGGCUGCAGGAGGCCCAACCCCGAAGAUCAGCGGAACUGGACCCCAGAUCUGUGAAGCCUGGCAGUGCCUAUAGGCCCGCCAGUCAGAGUUCUUCAGGAGAGGUCGUGGGUCCCUGGAGAGGUCCAGGAGGAACCAUGGCCAUUGUUCAGGCUUGUCCCCAAGGAGCAGAAACCCCAAGACCGUUGUUUCAGACCAAACUUUCCAGGUUCUUGACUCAGAAGGAGGCUGCAGUGGUGUGUUCUGCAGAGGUCCCCCAGAGCAGCCCAGCCAACUGUGAGCAGAGGGUCUCAGAGACCUGUGCUGCAUCUAUCCCGCUGGCCUCUCUUCCUGAUGAUGAUGUGUUCCUGGAGGAAGCUCUGCCAGUCAGGAGACCACCUCCAGACUCCUGCUCCCCACACUGGCUCCCAACCAGUGUACGUGCUUCUGACCAUCAGUAUGAAAAUGGCUUGACCCAAAGGGCUGGCCAGGCUACAGUCCAGGAAGAGUGCCCCCUCCAUGACUCUACAGGGACAAAUGACUGCUGGCAGGGAGUGAACAGUUCCUUGGGUGUCUCCAGGCCCACAAGCUGUAGCCCCUCUGGGACUGCAAAUGGAGACAUCUCAACCAUUGACCCCACUGAACUGCUGACCACUGACCUCUCUGUAGCUGCAGAGAAAGACCCCUUCAAACCUCCCCGAGUUGAUGCCCCUGGACCUUUAGGCAAUGAUACUCCAGGGCCCCCUUAUCAAACUUCUGUGACCUGGGGCACUGGCCAGCCUGGUUCCAAGCCAACAUGGCCUACUCAGCGUCUGGAACAGCUGGUUCAGGAGCUGGCUAGACUGGAUCCCUCUCUGAGGGACACUCUUGCCUCUCAGCCCAGCCCAGAGCCACCCCUGGGCCUGCUGGAUGGGUUGAUUCCUUUAACAGAGAUCAGGGCUGCAAUGAGACCAGCCUGUAGGGAGGCUGAAGAGGAGACUGUUGGUACUUCUGAGCCAGGGUCAUAUCAAUUCAGCUUCAUCCAGCAUCUCCCAACAUCUCAGGAGGAAAUAAGGCCUGAAAACUCAACACCACACGCUGUACUUGACCAGCCAUGUGGCCAGGGGCUCCCUGCACCAAAAAAUAGCAUCCAGGCCAAGAAAGUGGAGCUAGCAGGCCUCCUUCAAAAGAUUCUGCAGGACCUUCACAGAGAGCAGGAGCAACUGCAGGGGGCGGAUGGAGCAUGGGUCAGACGCAGAGCGGCUCUGGAGGCUGCGGUGGGCCAGGCCUGUGCCCCCCGGGAGCUAGAGCGGUUCAGCAGGUUCAUGGCCGAUCUAGAGCGCGUGCUCGGCCUCCUGCUGCUGCUGGGCAAUCGCCUGGCCCGCGUGCACCGCGCUUUGGCCACAGUGGGCUCAGACGGAGACCCUGAGGAGCGGGCCUCCCUGCUGCAGCGACUCCGGCUUCUGCAGAGGCAGCAGGAAGACGCCAAGGAGCUGAAGGAGCACGUGGCGCGGCGCGAGCGGGCCCUACGCGAGGUGCUGGGCCGGGCACUGCCUGCGGAGGAGCUGCGCGCCUACUGCGCCCUGCUGGCCGGCAAGGCCGCCGUCCUGGCCCAGCAGCGCAGCCUGGAGGAGCGUGUCCGACUCCUUCAGGACCAGCUGGACGCCAUCAGUAGCGAUCUCAGCCAUCGCCCUCUUUCUUCCAGUCUGUCUUGGCCCCCUGAGACCUACAAAGCACUGCCAGCCUGGGCUGAGAGUGGGGAGCCUGGGGGUGGGAAAGGGGGCGUCUGCCAUCCUCCGGUUAAACUGAACUUUGGUUCUGCGCUGGGGGCUUAUGAGGCUUCUGUGCUUGACCCUGCCAGAUUCGGAGAGCUUCCAAAGACCCGUCUUUCUGCGCCACUAUUUCCGUCUAGCCUGCCCCCCUCUUGCCGCGGUUUUUCUGUCGUCCAUUCCGUUAUUCCUUCAGAGGGCAAGAUGAGCACAACACAGAAACCUCAAGACUUUUGGGGGAACCUGAACCCCGGGGAACUGACCCUGCAGGACACUGCCAGAAGAGGGCACUGUUCUCUUGGCGGUGAAAGCCUCUACACUAGUGCCUCCCCGCAGCCUCCCCGGCCAGCACAGUCACUGGCUUAG